CUGCCCGCCUCCAAGACCACAACACUGAUCACAGCGGAGAGGAGUCACAGUACACAGUCACAACAGCAAAGAACCAUGGUCCAAGCCAAGACAUGGAUCCUGAAGAAGCACUUUGAGGGUUUCCCUAAAGACGGUGACUUUGAGCUGAAGCUAGAGCAACUUCCUGAGCCAAAAGAUGGAGAAGUACUAGUGGAAGCCGUGUUCUUAAGUGUGGAUCCCUACAUGCGGCCUUAUAGCGGCAUACGAAUGAAGCCAGGAGAUGUGAUGAUCGGAACUCAAGUGGCCAAAGUAAUUCAGAGUAAAAAUUCAGCGUUUCCUGAGGGCAGUCACGUGGUUGCCGAUUGUGGAUGGAGAACGCACACUGUAUCUGAUGGAGCUGGUUUCACCCUGGUCCUGAGAGACUGGCCUCAGGAUGUUCCACUUUCUCUCGCUCUUGGAGGCAUCGGCAUGCCAGGGCUGACUGCUCUAUAUGGUGUAGAAGAGGUGUUGGACAUCAAGCCGGGGGAGACGGUCCUGGUGAAUGCAGCGGCUGGUGCUGUAGGGAGCAUCGUCGGUCAGAUCGCUAAACUGAAAGGCUGUAAGGUGGUGGGUUCAGCUGGGAGCGAGGCUAAAGUGGCGUAUUUGAAAGAGCUGGGUUUUGACCAUGCCUUCAACUACAAAACUGUGCCAUCUCUGGAAGAAGCUCUCAAACAGGCCUCACCUGAGGGAUACGAGUGCUACUUUGAGAAUGUUGGGGGACGUUUCUUCACUGUUGCGCUCUCGCAGAUGAAGCAGUAUGGGAGGAUCGCUGUAUGUGGAGGAAUUUCUCAUUACAAUGAUAAAGAACCCCAAACAGGCCCUUAUCCACACCUGGAUAUGAUCUUUAAGGAGUUGCGGAUGCAGGGCUUCAUGGUGUGGUCUUGGAAGCAUAAGAAUGAGGAGUCUCUGAAAAGGCUGUUGACUUGGCUGAAGGAGGGAAAGCUCAAGUGUAGAGAGCAUGUGACUGUUGGUUUUGAGAACAUGCCUGCUGCUUUCAUGGGAAUGCUGCAGGGAGAAAACAUUGGGAAAGCCAUUGUUAAAAUCUGAAGGCUUUCUCUCCUGCUGAUUAUAUUCAACCUUAAUGCUGUCCCAUGAUACACGUGUAAUAAAUUUUCUUUUUA